CGUCCUCUUCUCUCCGGACGAGCGUGUGCUCCGCUCGCCUUGCUUUCUCCUGCACGGGCUGCAUCCUGGCCUCCGGUGGUCUGAUGUGUCGGGCCGCCCACUUCUGGGGGCAGACGGGGACCUGUGACGGGCACGAGGACCCCGUCCCCCCCCGGUGAUGGUACAGGUUUCUCCACCAGGAGGGUCACGGGGCCUUAGCCUCCGUCUCCUGGCUGGAUCCCUUGCCUGUCCUGUGGCCUCAGGCUUGGACUCAGAAUCUUAUUUACUUACCUGGGUUGCCGUGUUCCUUGCAGCUCGCCACCCCCUCAGUCGGGGUGUCAUUUAACCGUAAGACUUGCAGGACUUGCUGAGACAGAAAAAGUCAUGCAAGCAUAUGAGAUACAGGUGAUAGUCACCAAAAAGCCUGUUAGUGCAAGUGAUCAUCAUCACGCCGCAGCCUUCACGUCUGUCUGGGAGAACGGCCGGGUGAACCGAUGCCCCGGCGCUCCCAGCGCUCGGAGCUGGUCAGACAGCCGUUUGGUCUGCGUGUGACCAGGCAGGGAGGAAACGUCGACCGGAGCAAGUUGCGGAGUGGACACGUGCAGGACGGGCGGGUGCUGUGGUCAUCAGACACGGUGGCGGGUGGGGACGAGUACCUGGUGAAUCUCAUCGACUCUCCGGGCCACGUGGACUUCUCCUCCGAGGUGUCCACGGCCGUGCGCAUAUGUGACGGCUGCCUCAUCGUGGUGGACGCCGUGGAGGGGGUCUGCCCGCAGACGCAGGCCGUCCUGCGGCAGGCCUGGCUGGAGAACAUCCGCCCGGCCCUAGUGAUCAACAAGAUAGACCGCCUGAUAGUGGAGCUCAAGUUCACCCCCCACGAGGCCUAUUCUCACCUCAAGAAUAUUCUAGAACAGAUCAAUGCCCUCACGGGGACUCUCUUCACUUGUAAAGUCCUGGAAGAAAGAGCAGAGAGAGCGAGCGAACCGCAAGCGAAGCCGAACCCGGAGCAAGGAGAGCAGGUGUACGACUGGAGCGCCGGCCUGGAGCACGCGGACGACUCUCAGCUCUACUUCUCUCCGGACCAGGGCAACGUGGUGUUCACGAGCGCGGUGGACGGCUGGGGCUUCGGAAUCGAGCACUUUGCCAAAAUCUACAGUCAAAAGAUUGGCAUCAAAAAGGAAGUUCUCUUGAAAACCUUGUGGGGAGAUUAUUACAUAAAUAUGAAGGCAAAGAAGAUCAUGAAGGCCGACCAGGCAAAGGGAAAGAAGCCUUUGUUUGUGCAGCUGAUCCUGGAGAACAUAUGGAGUCUGUACGACGCGGUCUUGAAGAGGGACAAAGAGAAAAUCGAUAAGAUAGUGACGUCUUUAGGACUGAAGCUUGGAGCCCGGGAGGCACGACACGCAGACCCCAAAGUCCAGAUCAACGCCAUCUGCAGCCAGUGGCUGCCCGUCUCCCAGGCCGUGCUCGGGAUGGUGUGUCGGAAACUCCCCAGCCCCCUGGACAUCACUGCCGAGCGGGUAGAGAAGCUGAUGUGCACGGGGUCCCAGACCUUUGACGCUCUUCCGCCGGAAACCCAGGCCCUGAAAGCAGCUUUCAUGAAGUGUGGGAGCGAAGACACUGCCCCCGUGAUCAUCUUCGUCUCCAAAAUGUUUGCGGUUGACGCCAAGGCUCUGCCGCAGAAUAAGCCCAGACCCCUCACCCAAGAAGAAAUCGCGCAGAGGCGUGAGCGCGCGAGACAGAGGCACGCGGAGAAGCUGGCGGCGACGCAGGGGCCCCCGGCUGCCGGGGGUGCCCUGGAAGCCAGUGCGCAGGGGGAGGAGACAAAAGGUGAUGAGCAUCUGGUGGGAAGUGCGGCCCUCAAGCCUCUGCCGGAAGAAGGAACCGGCGACGAGUGUUUUAUUGCGUUUGCCCGAGUGUUCAGCGGCGUGGCCCGCAGAGGGAAGAGGAUGUUCGUCCUGGGGCCCAAGUACAGCCCUGUGGGGUUUUUGCAGCGGGUGCCGUCAGGCUUCUCCACCCCGCCGGACGGGCUGCCCCCGGUGCCCCACCUGGCGUGCUGCACCCUGGAAAGCCUGUACCUCCUGAUGGGCAGGGAGCUGCAAGGCCUGGAGGAGGUGCAUCCGGGGAACGUGCUAGGCAUCGGAGGCCUCCAGGACUUCGUGCUGAAGUCGGCCACGCUGUGCAGCUCGCCCUCCUGCCCCCCCUUCGUCCCGCUCAGCUUCGAGGCCACGCCCAUCGUGAGGGUCGCCGUGGAGCCCAAGCACCCAAGUGAGAUGCCUCAGCUCGUCAGAGGGAUGAAGCUGUUGAACCAGGCCGACCCCUGUGUCCAGGUCCUGAUCCAGGAGACGGGCGAGCACGUGCUGGUCACAGCGGGCGAGGUCCACCUUCAGCGGUGCCUGGACGACCUGACGGAGAGGUUUGCGAAGAUUGAAAUCAGCGUAUCUGAACCAAUCAUUCCAUUCAGGGAAACAAUUACCAAACCCCCAAAGGUCGACAUGGUCAAUGAAGAAAUAGGCCGACAACAAAAAGUGGCCGUCAUCCACCAAACUCGAGAAGACCAGAGCAAAAUCCCGGAAGGAAUCCAGGUGGACCCUGAGGGGCUCGUCACCCUAACAACCCCCAAUAAGCUUGCCGUGCUCAGUGUUCGCGCCAUGCCCCUUCCAGAGGAAGUCACGCAGAUUCUGGAAGAAAACAGUGAUCUGAUUCGCUCAAUGGAGCAGCUGACCUCCUCGUUGAGUGACGGCCGGAACGCUCAGACGAUCCACCAGAAGACCCAAGAGAAAAUCAGCGAGUUCAGAGGAAAACUAGAGCAGCACCUGACAGGGAGAAAAUGGAGGGGCGUUGUUGACCAAAUCUGGUCGUUCGGCCCGAGAAAAUGCGGGCCCAACAUCCUCGUCAAUAAAACCGAAGGCUUCCAGAAUUCGGUGUGGACGGGCCCAGCUGUCAAAGUUUCCGGAGAGGCCAGCAGGUACCGAGACCUGGGCAACAGCAUCGUGAGCGGUUUCCAGCUGGCCACCCUCUCUGGCCCCAUGUGUGAGGAGCCCGUCAUGGGCGUCUGUUUCCUUCUGGAGAAAUGGGACCUGAGUAAACUUGAGGAACAGGGGGCAAGUGAGAAACACGACCAAGAGCAAAGGGAUGUGGUGCCUGAGGGGCAGGGGGGCGCGGCAGCCUGUCCUGGCAGCGGUGAAGACAGGGGGCCGCAGGAUGGCGGCUCCGAGCCCUCGGAGAAGACGCCCCCGAAGGGAGAGUCCUCGCUCACGGACUGCUACGGGCCCCUCUCGGGACAGCUCAUUGCCACCAUGAAGGAGGCCUGUCGCUACGCCCUGCAGGUGAAGCCGCAGCGCCUGAUGGCCGCCAUGUACACCUGUGACAUCAUGGCCACCGGGGACGUGCUUGGUCGGGUGUAUGCGGUCCUGUCCAAGAGGGAAGGCCGAGUGCUCCAGGAGGAGAUGAAGGAGGGCACGGACAUGUUCACCGUCAAGGCCGUGCUGCCUGUCGCCGAGAGCUUCGGCUUCGCCGACGAGAUCCGGAAGCGGACGAGCGGCCUGGCCAGCCCGCAGCUGGUGUUCAGCCACUGGGAGGUCAUUCCCAGCGACCCCUUCUGGGUCCCCACCACCGAGGAGGAGUACCUGCACUUCGGGGAGAAGGCGGACGCGGAGAACCCGGCCCGCAAGUACGUGAACGCCGUGCGCAAGCGGAAGGGCCUCUGCGUGGAGGAGAAGAUCGUGGAGCACGCGGAGAAGCAGAGGACCCUCGGCAGGAACAAGUAGCGGCCCGCGGGUGCCGGCCGCGUCCUUGCGCUGCGCCUCUCCGCGCGUCCGCCCUCAGUGCAGCUGGUCCUUGCCAGCCCUCCACCGACGC